GGUGUCGAUAAAGAGGGCGGUCGUCGCGACGUCGAACGUUCAGGCUCUAGCGGAAUUUUUCCCAACUGCGCUCUUCGCCCCCCGCCGGAUUUUCAUCUACAUAAUGUAUCGCCAGUUCUUUCCAUUCCGGGGUGUCGAAAAUUUCGAACUGCUUAAUUGCUAUGCGUACCGGAAAAUGUUCUGAGUCGGCUCUGUCGCGGAAAAAAGCGGUAUUUUUUUAAUUUAUAGGAACGUUCUGUGAUUACCCCAGUUUCGCAAGAUGUCUUAGUAAAGAAAGUUAAAAACAAUAUCCAAGUGCCGGUGCCAGUGAGUGGUUGUAACAGAUUUAAGUGCUCUAAAAGUGCGUAUUAGUGUUAUUUCAAUGAAAUCGUGUGAAUGCUGUAACCGCUUUUAGGAAGUUGCAAAAUGUGCAAACGGAAAGUUUGAAACUAGGAACGAUCUUCUGGAUAACGAUUUUAUUCUAAUUGUCGCCGUCAUGCCGAACGAGUAUUGGAGAAUUAUCCUACUAUUCUGCAUCAGUCCGAUUCUCAUAGCUAAAUCGAUGGAUACCAUUCGGCGCGAUGGCCAUCAACAACAACAGCAAAAAUAUUCGGAAUGGCGGCAAUUGUGGUAUCCGAGUUUCGAGGACUUUUCGAGGGCCGAAGCCAUGACCGGAGCCGAAAACAAUACCAUUACCAACGUAACGGUACAAUUGGGAGCGACGGCUUACCUCCAUUGUCACGUUAGGAGCACCGGGGACAGGGCCUUGGCAGGAGGAGAGCAGGUCUCUUGGGUGCGUCGAAGAGACUGGCAUAUCCUUUCGUCGGGGGUUUUUACAUACACCAACGACGAGCGGUUCCAAAUCCUCCACGCAGAGGGCUCGGAUGAUUGGACCCUUCAAAUAAAAUACGUUCAAAAACGAGAUAAUGGUACUUACGAAUGCCAAGUAUCCACCAGUCAAGGGCGCAUUUCCCACUUCGUCAACUUGCAAAUCGUCGUUCCCGAGGCUACUAUACAGGGUAUCAGAUCGGGGGAGCAUCACGUGGACAUCGGUAGCAUCAUCGAUCUCGUUUGCAUUAUCGAAAGGAGUCCUACGCCGCCUCAGUACGUGUUUUGGUACCACAACGAGCAUAUGAUCAAUUACGAUACCGCUAGGGGUGGCAUAUCGGUGGAGACGGUUCCAGGGCCAAAAACGCAAAGUAGAUUAACCAUCAGAGACACGAACGACGCUGAUUCUGGAAACUAUACGUGCUCCGCUUCUAAUACGGAACCUGCUUCGAUCUACGUGUUCGUAUCGGAAGGUGAUAACGUAGAUGCGAUUCUGAUGAGAAAAUCACGUGCCGUGUGCAUAGCGAGUCAAAUAGUUCUAAUUUUAAUUAGCAUGUUAACCUCCGCAAUGCGAUAGAAUCGAAAGUAUAAAACCAAAAAACUAUUGUGAUUGUGAAUAAUUUUGAUUUAAGUGAUAAAGACCAUUUACCUAUUACAUUAAAUUUAUUAAAAAUUAUUGUUAUGUAUAAAUUUUUUAUCAUAGACGGAUGGAGCCCUUCUUAGAAUUGAAACAUCUACUAACAUUGCAAUUAUUACCUACUUUUUAUUAUUAGUUAAUACAUAAAUAUAAAAAUGUGUUUCAUUUUAACUCGUAAAUAAGAAAGAAGGGUUUCUUUCAUUAGAAACAGAAACUUCUCUUGCAUAAUUAGGUACAUGAUAAAAUAACAAUUAUAUAGCUUAACCAUAAUCCAUUGUAAAUAAAACUUAAUGUAUUUUCAGCCAAACAUCUGUAAGUUUUUUAUUUAUUGACUUUAUACUAGAAUGGCAUUUCAAAAUAUAAUUAAAAAGAACUUCACGUCGUGGUCAAUACACUUAAAAAUAUUUUAGUCAAUGGAUAAGAAUUUAACAUAUCUUAACCUUCCCUUAAAAUCAAUCCCAACUAAAAAAUUUAAAUAAAUAAUUCCACAUGAUCAAAAAGGC